AGAGAGAGAGAGAGAGAGAGAGAGAAUGGAAUUGUUGAACUUGGAAGAGAGCAUGGAGGAGCUGAGGGAAAGUUUUAGAAGUAGGAGGACAAGGAAUGCUGCAUGGAGGAGAGCUCAGUUGAAGGGGCUUUUGAGGAUGUUGGAAGAGAAGGAAGAAGAGAUUUUCAAGACCCUUAAGGAAGACAUAGGCAAGCACAGUGCUGAAGCUUUCAGAGACGAGAUUGGAACUCUAACGAAAUCCCUGAAUCUCGCUUUGAGUUGCUUAGAGGAUUGGAUGGCAAGCAAAAAGGUACACGUGCCAGUGAUUGCAUUCCCCACGUCAGGUGAGAUUGUGCCUGAACCACUCGGCGUUGUUCUCAUAUUUUCCACUUGGAAUUUUCCCAUAGGCCUAGCAUUGGAGCCACUGAUAGGAGCCAUAGCUGCAGGAAAUGUAGCAGUUGUGAAGCCUUCGGAGCUCGCUCCUGCAUGCUCUUCUUUUCUGGCAAAGCACGUCCCCAUGUACUUAGACAAUAAAGCCGUGAAGAUCAUGGAAGGUGGAGUGUCGACGGCCGAACGACUCUUGGAGGAGAAAUGGGAUAAGAUCUUCUUCACAGGGAGCGCACAAGUCGCACAUGUUGUCAUGUCUGCAGCAGCAAAGCAUCUAACACCGGUUACUCUAGAGUUGGGUGGAAAAUGCCCCGCCAUCUUUGAUUCUUUUUCGAGUUUGAGAGAUAGAGAGGUCGCAAUAAGGCGGCUAGUGAAUGGCAAAUGGGGACUUUGCAGCGGACAAGCCUGUGUAGGAAUUGAUUAUCUACUCGUGGAAGAGAAGCAUGCUUCUAAAGUGAUUGAUUUAUUGAAGAAUCGAAUCAAGAAUUUCUAUGGGGAUAGCCCUCAAGAAACCAAUAGCAUCUCAAGGAUUAUCAACAAGAAUCAUUUUAUGAGGCUGAAAAACCUUAUAGAAGAUUCGACAGUUAAGGCUUCGAUCGUUCAUGGUGGUGCCAUGGAUGAGGACAACUUGUUCAUUGAGCCGACUAUCUUGCUAGAUCCCCCUCUGAAAUCUCAGAUCAUGACCACAGAAAUCUUUGGCCCGUUUCUUCCAGUAAUCACUUUAAAGAAGAUUGAAGAUAGCAUUGAAUUUAUAAGCUCAAGGCCACAACCUCUUGCCAUAUACGCAUUCACAAAAGAUGAAACAUUCAAGAAACGGAUCAUAUCUGAAACAUCUUCCGGGAGUGUGACAUUCAAUGAUGCCAUUAUCCAAUUUGCAUGUGAUACAUUACCCUUUGGAGGCGUUGGUCAAAGCGGUUUUGGGAAGUAUCAUGGAAAGUUCUCGUUCGAUGAAUUUAGCCAUGGAAAAGCAGUGCUUAGAAGAAGCUUAAUUACUGAACUGAGUUUUCAGUACCCACCUUGGUCUGAUUACAAAAUCGGAUUUCUUAGAGCGGCUUAUAAUUUCGAUUACAUUGCAUUAUUCCUUCUGUUAAUUGGCUUGAAGAGAAAAUAACAAGUUUGUCUGUAUGUAUUAUGGUAUGAAAAUAAAGUUCCCCUCACUUCAAAUGUGAUGUGUUGGGAAAAUCAUAGAAAUUGUUGUUAUUUUUGCAAACAGUUAGAUUAUUUUAUAUAUUUUAUUGUGGAACAUAAAAUGUUAUUUUCUUAAUAUAGAAUCGAAUGUUGAAUGAUCUUAAGAAUAUAUAUCAGGUUUUUUCCACACGA